UAAAAUAUCACAAAGGAAUAAAAAGAAGCGUUUUUCGCUCUCUUAUUCCAAAUUGAGAUGUUUCUGCAGGGUCGUGUUAUAAUUGUUUGGUUGUCUUGGCUUAUUGGAGGAGUUUGCGGGGUUGUAAUUCUUUUGAUAAUUAUUUGCUACUGCCGCCUAAUGCCGCGCCACCAGAAAUCAUUCGAUGAACAAUAUCUUAAGGAAAGCUAUACUAUUAAGGAAGGACAUGGGUAUACUAACCAAGAAAGUUAUAGGUCAUCUAAACAUACAGAGGUGCAAGUUCAAAGGCACACGAGGCCAGCAAGUUACGCAGGCGACGCCGAGUGUCGUCGAUCGCGAGAGAGCAGUCGCCCGCCGUCACACUGCUACGUCAACAGAGUCCCUGAUGCUCCACCACCGCAGUAUGCAUCCAGUGGGAUGCUAGAUGACAUCGAAGGAGCUGCAAGUAUCGACGCACUGAAGACUCGCUCACUUCCAGCCUUCCUGAGACCUAAACCACGGCCGUUGUCUACUGAGGACGACCUUCAUCAGCUUUAUGCAAAGGUAAAUCUGAGUAAAAAAUACAAGAACAGAAUGCGAAGCGAGCACGCGGCCAUUAUAGCUCUGAGCAAAUCCCACAGCCAGUUCUUCGACGCCGAUGCCGUAAUUGUCUACGACCAACGCACAGCGCUAUAAGUACCCUUUAUGCCUCUCCGCGUUGGCCCAUGAUUGACUAUGACUGACCAUAGACGGACCGCAUGUUGCAGUCGGGACCGACUAGGACUGCUUUAGAGCGUUCGCGUUGGUACUUGGUACUGAUCUCUCAAGAACUGCUCGAGCGGUCGGACACUGCAGAUCACCGUGCGGCAACCGCAUCUUGCAGUCGGUUCUUGACUGCAAGAUGCGGCCGGCCAUAGACGUUCAUGGCCGGCCUAAUAGAAACGAUUACGAACGUGUUCCUAGCAGAUUCCCAAUCAUGGUUAAACAUCUUGACCCAACAUAGAGGCCUUUAGGUAACACAGGAUCAAUCCUAGGUCUUCUAGAAAAAUAUAAAUCGACAAGCAGUAUUAGGUAUCCAUACGAAUACUACCAUAUCAAUCCAUAAGGGGAAAUGAAAGCACACAGCAUAUUAUAUUCCAAAGCAAGAUCAGGCUUGUGCAAAGUGUCCCAGAUACCUCUAUAUUAUAUAGCUUCGAUUGUAUUAAGGUAGCUAACACAUGAUAGUAAUCGCUAGCUUCUCUCAUUUUGUCGGUAGAAGGGAUGAUAACUUUUUUACGCACACGAGGAAAAUAAUUGCAAAGCAGCUGACCGCCAGAAAAAGCCACUGAAAUUGUGGAAAAUUGGUUAAGAUUGUGAUUGUUGACAAUGUGAUAUAAUUUGUUAACGAAAAUGUGGCCUAAUGUAACGUUUUUAUAAAACGGGUAAGUGCAGACGCGUACCAAGUGUUUUAGAAACAACUAGGUAGAUAAUCGAAUUUUAGACUAAAGCUAGCAAAUAUCAUUAAAUACGUAGUGUUUUAUAUGGAAUUGUAAUACAGAUUUUUGAUGUUUGAAUUAGUGGUUACGAAAUUAUCGAAGUUUUUAUAACUGCUCAAAUUUCAAAAACACAAUAUUUAGAAUCGUGUGUGUUGGAAAUACUUUUUGGAAAUAUAAGAAAACACGCAAAAUCGUUGUAAAAUUUUUAAAUGACUUGUUUGGUACCUAUUUAAGCAGCUAUCUAUUCGUUUAAAGUUUAAACCUUAAGAUCUCUUGUAAUAACAUUUUAAUGUUAUAACUGGCAUUGUUUAUGAAAAGGAAGUGCCACCGAUCAAAAUAGUCACGACCUUUUGCAAAAAAACAAGAAUAAAGCUCGGACUGGUAUUUUAAUUCGUGAUAUUGUACACGAUAAUAUUAUAAUAUAGGGUGUGCUGUCUAAAGUGUGAUAGAAACUUAAAUUAUGAAUGUACUCGAUUGAAUAUUUUUAGUACAUGUUUAUGUAUGUUCCCUUGUUGUCUAUUUAAAGUAUUAAAUAAUAAUUACCAGUAUAUUUCACGUCCU